AGCUGCAGAAAAUGAAUUGCAAAAACAAGAUCAUACCUGUCGUUCUCCUUUAUUGCUGCAUAAUAGCAAAAGCUCUACAGUUUGAAGAAUUUGACUACAAGAAAGAUUUCAAUAAAAAUCUCGAGAAAGAAUAUCCUCAAAAUUUUCUGGAUGAAAAAAAUAUUGAAGCGGAGAUUGACACCGAUUUUGACGACGAUGAAGACUUUGAAUCAGACCUUGAAUCAAAUUUUGAAGCCAUAUUCAAGGAUGAUUUUGAGCCUGAUUAUGAAAAAGAUCUGGAGAAAAGGAUUCUGAGAAGGCAACGUUCUUUUUGUAAAAAGUUCAAGUUAUGUGAGAAAGGAGAGCAUGGGUUCAAAACUGGAUGUGCUAAGUUUGAGAAGACUUAUGUGUACAACCGUUCAUUCCCUCGUGUCUGGAAGAAAAAAGCUGCAAAGUUGUGCGUCGAGUGUCAAGAGCUAUGCAGAAGGGGAUAA